AUGGGUCUCGGGGUCACUGCUCCGGAUGAUAUCAAGACCAACAGAAUCAACACCUCCCACAUUCCGGACGAAUACCAGGUCAAUUCCAGGAAGGAGACGGCUGUCGGCGCAGGUGUGGGUGUGGGUGUUUCGCUCGGUGUGAUUGCGCUAGCGUUGCUGGGAUGGGCACUCUGGCUGUUGAGACAGAACCGGAAUCUGAAGAAGACUAAGGCGCAGAAUCCAGAACAAGGUAAGGAUCAGUUCCAAGGUCAGAUGGGUUAUGAGGGUCAGUCAGGAAUAAUGAUGCCUUCGGGCGGACAAAUGAGCCCCGAAUCCCCUACAUAUGGGCGUGAUAGUUAUCGUGUGGAGCAGAUGGAGAUGCAUGAGAAUCCGAGUGAAUUGCCAGGGAUGCCUAAGCGCGGCCCUUAA